AUGGCACCCUCCAACUCCAAAGAAGUCAGCUUCUCUCCGCGCGAGAUGGAAGUCCUCGCCCUCGCAUGGCAGUGCAUGGAAACCCAGCCCAAGAUCGACAUGGUCAAACUCGGCUCCCUCGCCGGCUACACUACCGCGAGUGCCAGCGUCACUUUCGGCAAGAUCAAAUCCAAACUCAAGCUCCUCGGUCAGUCUCUCCAAGACACGCCCAGCAUGCCCGGCACACCCUCCAAGCCCACGCCCAAGAAGAAAGCUGCUACCCCCACCUCUACACCCCGCAAGCGCAAGAACACUGCCGCGGCGGCAGAUGCGACGCCCAGCAAGAAAGGCAAGAUGCCGAUGCGCGAGGAGGACGAUGUCGAGGAUGACGACGAGGUCAUUGAGUGCAAUGUCCCUGGUGUCAAGAAGGAGGAGGAGAUGGAGGAUUAUGGGUUUUUGAGUGGAAUCAAGACGUAUGCUGUUCGCGGUAGUGGUGGGAACUGA